AAUGGACUAAGCCCUUGAAAUGGUAGCUUAGUCAGGUAAAAUAGGACAUGAUACAGGUAACUUUUCUGUCAAACCAUUUUCCUAUUAUUUUUUCCGGGUUUCAGAUGAAGAACGUUCGACACCUAAAUUUCAGCCGUCUUCUGUUCAAGUUUGUGUUGGUGUUGGGCAACACUUUCUGGAGUUAGUAUAAUUGUAUUUUUCAUUAUUUAUCAGCAAACUUUAUGUGAAACAUGUAUCAGUAAGAGAAUAAAGUGGCGGGAGUGAAGUCCAAACUUCUCUUAUACUGUGUGCUUUUAUUUGGUUAAGAAACUUGGUCCACCAUUUCACUUACAGACAAAAGUCUUUAUUGUUUUAUGUAUCACAUGCUGGAUUCUCUUGAUAUACAGUUUUUAUCUUUCUUACCAGCAGAAAUACAAGAAUAUAUGUUGGUUCUUUCAGAAGUGAACGAAAUUAAUGGUAAUGUUCAUUACAUUUUAAUAAAAUGACUGGCAUUCUAAGCUCACUAGCCUUAGUAUUCUUCUUCUUUCAACAAAUAAUCGGAGUUAGAACAAGGCUAAUUUCCAACGAGACUCAUGGUCGACUUCUAGCGUUUGCACCAUCUUCUGAUGAGGGCAUCUGUAAAUUGCUGGUGGAGUCACGGGGCUAUAUCUGCGAGGAGCACACAGUGACAACAAAAGAUGGUUAUAUUCUCAGCUUGCAAAGAAUUCCAACCGGCUUGACUAAUUACACAACUAGAGGCAACAGGCCACCAGUGCUUUUGCAGCAUGGAGUUUUGAUGGAUGGAAUCACAUGGCUACUUAACCCUCCAGACCAAUCCUUAGCAUUCAUUUUAGCAGAUAAUGAUUUUGAUGUUUGGGUUGCAAACUCUCGUGGCACCAAAUAUAGCCUCGGUCAUAUGACAUUAAGCUCUAGUGACUCGGCAUAUUGGGAUUGGUCAUGGGAUGAGCUGAUGGCAUAUGAUCUUCCAGCAAUGGUCCAAUAUGUAUAUGAUCAUUCUGGUAAACAGAAGCUGCAUUAUGUUGGGCAUUCACAGGGAACAUUGAUAGCCCUGACUGCCUUUUCCCAGCAGAAGUUGCUGAACAUGGUGAAAUCAGCCGGCUUGCUAUGUCCAAUUGCUUAUCUAAGUCGAAUGACUUCCCCACUUGCUAAAGAUGCUGCUGAAAACUUCGUUACUGAAUUAAUGUACUGGUCUGGACUACAUGAAUUCGUACCACGUGGACAGGCAGUAAAGAAGCUUCUAACAGAUAUAUGCAGGAAGCAGGGAAUUGACUGCACUGACUUUUUGACGUCUUUUACUGGUGUAAACUGUUGCCUGAGCACAUCAACGGUUUCUACAUUCCUGCAGCAUGAACCUCAGCCGACAGCCACCAAAAACAUGAUCCAUUUUUCCCAGAUGGCAAGGGACGGAACAAUAGCAAGAUAUGACUAUCUAGACCCAGGUAAGAACAUGGAACACUACGGGCAGACUAAGCCUCCGGAAUAUGACCUGACAAACAUUUCCAACAACCUCCCAAUGUUCAUAGCUCACGGAGGAAGGGACGAGCUUGCUGAUGUUGACGAUGUUAAGUUCCUGCUGGAUAAACUCAAAAAUCAUGAAAAAGACAAGCUGUUCCUUCAGUUUAUUGAAGACUACGCGCAUGCUGAUUAUGUCCUGGCUAUGAAUGCUAAGGAAAUCGUUUAUGAUCUUCUCAUUGAUUUCUUCAAGAAACACAGUGAAUCUUAGCUAGGAAAAUGAAUGUUAUAGUGGAUGUAUUUGAUCAUUCUAUACAUUUUCUGGUUUGGUAAUUUUCUUAGUACGAGAUUGGUGGCAUUUGGCAUAGUGCCAUAGUGGUUUUCUUACAAAACA